CGUCGCUAUGUUGCUAUGGCGACCUGCGUUCUCGCGGCGCGUCGGUGACGCGUCAGUCCGCUCGAGCGCAUUUAGCGGCGCUGCUAGCGAGGAGCGGCGCAAACCGGCACCAUGAGCCUCAAUAAACACCAACUGAGCGACUCUUUAUUCAUCUGGCUGCAGACGUUCCAGGUGCCGUCGUCCUCCAGCAAACACGAGCUGACCAGCGGCGUGGCCAUCGCUCAUGUGCUCAACAAAAUAGACUCGUCCUGGUUUAAUGAGACGUGGCUCAGCAGGAUAAAAGAGGAUGGCAGCACAAACUGGAGGCUGAAGGUCAGCAACCUCAAGAAGAUCCUGCAGAGCAUGAUGGAGUAUUAUCAUGAUGUGCUGGGUCAGCAGGUGUCCGACCAGCACGUUCCUGACGUGUGUCUGAUCGGGGAGAUGGGGGACGUGACUGAACUGGGUCGUCUGCUUCAGCUGGUUCUGGGCUGCGCCGUCAGCUGCGAUCAGAAACAAGAGCACAUCCAGCAGAUCAUGACUCUGGAGGAAUCAGUGCAGCACGUCGUGAUGACGGCCAUACAGGAGCUGCUGGCCAAAGAGCCCGCGGAGGCCGGAGCUCCAGAGACGUACGGGGACUUCGACAGUCAGUCCAGGAAGUACUAUUUUCUGAGUGAAGAGACGGACGACAGGGACUCGACGAGCCAGCGCUGCCGGGAGCUCCAGCGGCAGGUGUCUGUCCUGAUGGAGGAGAGGUCCUCGCUGCAGGCGGAGCUCCAGUCUCUGCGCGAGCGGCUCAGUCACAGCGAGACGCCCGACGUCUCCUCCACCAUCACCAACAAGAAGCUGCUGCUGCUGCAGAGUCAGAUGGAGCAGCUGCAGGAGGAGAACUACAGGCUGGAGAGCAGUCGGGACGACCUGCGAGUGCGAGCUGAUGUUCUGGAGCGAGAGCUGACGGAUCUGCAGCUGAGGAACGAGGAUCUCACCAGCCUCGCUCAGGAGGCCCAGUCCCUCAAAGACGAGAUGGACAUCCUCAGGCACUCGUCUGACCGCGUCAGUCGCCUGGAGGCUCUGGUGGAGACCUACAAGCGCAAGCUGGAGGACCUGGGCGACCUGCGCAGACAGGUGCGUCUGCUGGAGGAGAGGAACCACGUCUACAUGCAGCGCACCUGUGAGCUGGAGGAGGAGCAGCGGCGGGCCAACGCCAUCCGCUCGCAGCUCGACACCUACAAGAGACAGGCUCACGAGAUGAGCGCCAAACACUCGGCCGAGGCCAUGAAAGCUGAGAAAUGGCAGUUUGAGUACAAGAACCUCAGCGACAAAUACGAGACGCUUCUGAAGGAGAGAGAGAAGCUGAUAUGCGAGCGAGACUCAUUCAGAGAGACGACCGAAGAGCUGAGGUGUGCUCAGGUCCAGCAGCAGUGUUUAACAGAUUCUCUGAGCGCUGAUUCAGGAGCCGUGGGCAGCCUGGCGGCAGAGAUCAUGCCCACAGAGCUCAGGGACACAGUUGUGCGUCUGCAGCAGGAGAAUAAGACGCUGUGUGUUCAGGAGGAGUCGUACAGACACAGACUGGAGGAGCUUCAGACGCAGCUGGAGGAUUCACAGCGCAGCCAGAACACACUCGAGACGCAGAACCGGCUGAGUCAGCAGCAGAUCUCAGAGCUGAGUGCUCAGGUGGAGGAGCUGCAGAGAGCUUUACAGGACCAGGAUAGCAAGACCGAGGAUGUCAUUUCGUCUCUGUUGAAGAAGAAGCUGGAGGAGCAUCUAGAGAAGCUCCACGAGGCUCAUUCUGACCUGCAGAGGAAACGAGAGGUGAUUGAUGAUCUGGAGCCCCAUGUGGACAGCAACAUGGCGAAGAAGGUCGACGAGCUGCAGGAGAUCCUGAAGAAGAAGGAUGAAGACAUGAGGAGGAUGGAGGAGAGAUACAAGAGAUAUGUGGAGAAAGCUCGCACCGUCAUAAAGACUCUAGACCCCAAGCAGAAGUCCAGCCCGGUUCCUGCUGAAGUUCAGGCGCUGAAGAACCAGCUGACAGAGAAGGACCGGAAGAUCCAGCACCUGGAGCAUGAUUUCGAGAAGACGCGCUCCAGACAUGAUCAGGAGGAGAAGCUCAUCAUCUCAGCCUGGUACAACAUGGGCAUGGCUCUUCAUCAGAAGGUGGCUGGAGAGCGCUCCGGCUCCGCUCCGGCUCAGUCCUUCCUCUCCCAGCAGAGACAGUGGACUCAAGCCCGGCGAGGCCUGUCCCGUCCGCAGCCCAGAUAAACCCCUGUCCUUUUAUCAGUGUGUUUUAGACCAGGUUUAGUCGUUUUUAGUUGUAGCCGGAAAGCCUUGCGCUCCGUGAAGCAGAUCAACCUUCGUUUCUUUUAAAGCUUUAAAGUGUUUUUACUGUAGUUGGGUGUCGAUCGGGGUUACGGUGCACUUUACACACUCGGUGCCUUCAGCCAUCCAGAAACCAGACGCUCUGCGCUGGAGCCUUGAACGCCACGAACAAAUCCAGAGCUUUCGUCAGGAUCUUUCCAGAGAGCCGCUGUGGUUUAGUGAACGCUCAUCACGGAUGGACCGCUGGAGGAGCGCGAGUUCCCACCAGUUGCUGCUCGAUUUCGUUUUUAUCUCGUCGUUGUUUCGUUUUGGCAGAAAUACACUACCGACUGAACACUGUGUUCUGGCCCCCGUCGGUCCGGGCCGAGCUUCGUUCGUUUGCUUUUUGUUCGUUUUUUGGGUCACGGUGCUGAUGUUCACGAGUUGUUUGCGUGUUUCUCACGGCGUUUUCCUCGUUCGCUCGGGACCGAUGGGGGCGCUACGGAAAUGAUCACUUUAGUCUCACCCUUCUUCUCUUUGCACUACAAUAAAAGAGGUUAUCGGUACGAAAUGCUGUGACAUCUGUGUGUUGAAGUGAGUGGAUAAUGAACCGUUUUAUCAAAUGAAAUGCUGAACGAAAUGCUGAAGUCGGACGAAUAAGUCGAUUUAUCGUUGGUCCGUGACUCCUGUUUGCAUUAAAGAUACUGACAUCGAAGAAUUAACAGAACACUUCUGAAAUAAGAUGAACGUUUUGUAAUAUUAGCUUAUUAGUAGCAUACCUUUUCAUAUUUAUGAUUUAUGGUUUUAAUAUGUCUGCUUCCGAAUAUAAUCAUGAUCAUUCAACUAAUGCAUAAAAGACUGCAUUGCUGUAAACAUCACAUUAAAUGUGUAAACUGUUUCCAGGUAUUACUCUAUACUGUGGUACUGUACUGUCAGGUGUGUUAUUUAAAUCAACUUAAUUCUAACUUUAAGUGCAUUCAUUUUAAUCAAAUUGUAUUAUUUUUUUAAAUCAGGUUUAGCUAGAUGACGAUCUUAUUUUAUCACUCACGGUAUACCGAACUGUUCUGUGUAUUAAAGCAUUUCAUUUAA